GUAAUGACCUACUCACCCCCAUCGCCAUUCGCCAAACUCCAAGAAUAUCCUCCUUCCAUACCUUCCAUAGCCCCCCUCCUAAAGGAUGGCCAGGUAAUCCCAACGGCCUCUUCCCCCUGUCUCGUGCGCAUACACAGCGAAAGAGAGAGAGAUGGCUAUGGCUUGCUCUGGGCACAUUCCAGCUGUAACCCAGCCGCAGCCCCGGACUCCCCCGCUCGCGUGUCGUUCCCGCAAGACUCUCUCUUCCCGUCUGCGUUUCCUCCGCGAAGAUCCCGCCCCGCCUCGUCGUCUCCGCGCGUCCCCCAUCAAGAACGCGCCUUUCGCGCGGCGUUCCGGAGGACCCGCGGUGGUGGCGAUGGCCAAGCCCGACCCGCUGAGGAUUAUGAUAUCCGGGGCGCCCGCUUCGGGUAAAGGGACUCAAUGCGAGCUCAUCACUAAGAAAUAUGGUUUGGUGCACGUUGCUGCUGGGGAUCUGUUACGGGCAGAAGUUGCAGCUGGGAGUGAAAAUGGAAAGCAAGCAAAGGAGUAUAUGGAGAAAGGGCAAUUGGUCCCUAACGAAAUAGUUGUAAUGAUGGUUAAGGAGCGGCUGUUGCAAUCAGAUUCUCUAGAAAAUGGUUGGCUUUUAGAUGGAUACCCCAGGAGCUUAUCCCAAGCCACAGCUCUGCAAGCGUUUGGGCUCCAGGCAGAUCUUUUCAUUCUUUUGGAAGUCCCUGAAGAGAUUCUUGUGGAAAGAGUUGUCGGCAGACGGUUAGAUCCUGUUACUGGUAGGAUAUAUCACUUGAAGUAUUCUCCUCCAGAGACCGAAGAGAUCGCUGCCAGAUUGACACAGAGGUUUGAUGAUACUGAAGAAAAGGUGAAGUUGCGGUUGCGCACUCAUCAUCAAAAUGUGGAAGCAGUGCUUUCAAUGUAUAAAGACAUAACAAUCAAGGUAAAUGGAGACGCUCCAAAGGAGGAUGUGUUUGCCCAAAUUGAUAAUGCUCUCUCGAAACUCCUUGAAGAAGGGAAAGCUACUUCGGGAUCUCUUGCAGCAUAGCAGAUGAAGAAUAUACUGAACAACUAUUGAGACAACUUUUUUGAAUGGUUCUACGUCACUGCUGUGAAAAAGGCAGUGUUGAAGCUUGAAUUUGUCGGUUACUUACUAAGUUGAUGUUCCUCCUAGUGUAAUUAUUUUGAAAAAGAAAAAGAAAAAAAGAACCUGAAUGAUAUCACCGGUUCGUUAUGCAUUUAGUACCGAUUACUUGAAGGGAAGCUUGUCAUUUAUGAUUCUACAAUGGCAAAUGUAGGUCAAGGCGCCAAUCAAAAUCUAGCCUGCAUGGGGCUCGUUCCAUUGUUUAUAGUUAUGAGUAAGGCAUGCAGUUUGUUUUCU